AUGGAAGAGGAUGCCCCGGGAAAGAACGAGGAGGAGGAAUUCAGCACUGGGCCACUCUCGGUUCUGAUGAUGAGUGUCAAAAAUAAUACCCAGGUACUAAUUAACUGCCGCAACAACAAGAAGCUUCUCGGACGUGUGAGGGCAUUUGAUCGACACUGCAACAUGGUUCUUGAAAAUGUCAGGGAGAUGUGGACUGAGGUGCCAAAAACCGGAAAAGGCAAGAAGAAGGCUCAGCCAGUCAACAAAGAUAGGUUCAUCAGCAAAAUGUUCCUCCGUGGUGAUUCCGUUAUUAUUGUCCUUAGGAAUCCCAAGUGA